AUGGAGGAGUCGGCGUUGGAACGGUACUUUGAUCAUUCUAUUGCAAAUGAUUCCACCGGCUUUGUGUUUGAAGAGGGCAUGGGACUCCAAGGUUCUCCACAGCCACAGCAGACCUCCUUCCCCCCCUCUUCCUCAGAGGAGGAGGAAGAGCAGAGCAAACCGCUGGAGGAACUGGACCUCAGCUUCCUGUCAGAUGACAUCAGCACACAAGAUGGAGCCAAGCAGGGGAAAACAGGGGAUGAAAACCGCAAAUGCGACGCCGGCAACACUGGCCAGGACAGCGGGGUCUUUCCUGGCUGCACUACCCAGGGCUCCAUGGCCACUGAACACUUGUUGGGGCCAUCUGUGUCAGGAACCGUGGCCACCCCCUUCUUUCCCAUGACCCCUAUGACCCCCAUGACUCCUGUGACAGAGCCUUCAGGAAUCAUCCCACAGUUACAGAAUAUCGUCUCCACGGUGAACCUCGGCUGCGCUCUCAAACUGAAGUUCAUCGCUCUCCAAGCCAGGAACGCAGAAUACAAUCCCAAGCGAUUCGCUGCGGUGAUCAUGAGGAUCAGAGAGCCAAGGACCACUGCCCUCAUCUUCAGCUCAGGGAAAAUGGUCUGCACCGGAGCCAAGAGUGAAGAACAGUCUCGUCUGGCAGCCAGGAAGUAUGCGCGAGUGGUGCAGAAGUUGGGAUUUCCUGCUCGCUUCCUUGAGUUUAAGAUCCAGAACAUGGUGGCCAGCUGUGACGUCUGCUUCUCCAUCAGACUGGAGGGCUUGGUCCUCACUCACCAGCAGUUCUGCAGCUAUGAGCCAGAGCUGUUUCCAGGUCUGAUUUACCGCAUGGUCAAACCUCGAAUCGUCCUACUGAUCUUUGUGUCUGGGAAGGUGGUUCUGACAGGAGCAAAGGAGCGGGGCGAGAUCUACGAAGGCUUCGAGAACAUUUAUCCCAUCCUGAAGGGAUUCAGGAAACUGUGA